UGCAGAGGGCGCUUUACAAAGAUGGCGGACACCGACUUCGAUUUGCAAAAUUUGGCCGACAAUCUGAAGGCAACAAAGCUUGAAGAUGAUAUCAUAGACAUGGAGAGAUACAUUGCCUCGUACAAAGAGUUAUGCAGAUUCUUUGAACUCCUUGGAUCAGUUUUUGGAUUUGUUGUUAGUGACGUCAAAUCCAAGAUGGGGAUCCUUACCACUCAUCUGAACUCCGACCUUAAAGAAGAGUACAAAACGGUACAGAAAAUGAUAGAAUAUGAGGUGGCAAAUAAUCUAACAUCUGGCAAAGUGAACGGCCAACUAAAUGGAUGCCGGACACUCCUGAGGUUGCACCGUGCUUUUGAAUUCUUCAUAAUCUUCAUGCAGCGAACAGCUGAUGCCCAAGAUGAUGACAAGUUGUCUGGUUUGGCUGGUGAGGCGUAUAAGAACACACUAGCCAAGUAUCACGCCUGGAUGAUAAGACAAGCAGCAAAUCUUGCAAUGUAUGCACUACCAACUCGAAAGAACUUGAUGUCAAAAAUAAAGAAAUACGACCAUGAUAAAGCGAUUGAAAUAUUACGAGAGGUUAUUCCCGCUGCUCAAGCUGUUUAUGAUAUUACACAGAAACUUUAUGAAGAGAAGAACAUUUUAGAUUUGCCUUAAAGGUACCAAUUAAUGUGAUUGUCUAGGCCAAUAAGGCUCUGAAAAAUGUGCAGUUCAGGUAUAAUGCUGAUCGAUACAAAUGUAACCUCACAUUGCAAAUUCAAGAUGACCUGUUUUCUUGUCAUUUUUGGUGUACUUAUAAACUGCCAGGUGUACUUAGUUCAUGUAUGUACCAGACGUUUUAAGAUAGAUAAGUUUAUACCAUUUUAAAGUUUCAAGCGGUUUGGUUCCCAUACCUGAACUGCAUAUUUGUGGCCUCAAUUUGAUGUUCGUGUAUGUGUCGUUCUCACAAUGGUAAAAAAUGCACGCAUGUCUGAGAGUUUGCACAAACAUGUCUUAGCUUGUUAAACUGGCAGAAUGAACAAAAGUGUUCUUGAUUGAUUUCAUCCUGAUCUACGGCAGUAAAAGUAUUUUCUAACAUAAUGACAGCUGAUUUUUCAACUGUCAAUUUGUGGUCAUUGUGUCAAAACCUGGAUAAGUGUAACAAUCAGUGAAAGAAUAUAUGCGAAGUAUUGAGGAAUGACUGACCUGGGUUCAAACACUAUAUGUACUUGCACUGCAGCCAAAUUUGAAGUCAGUUUCACAAUAAGCCAGACCCGAAAAAUACCAAAGUAUUUCUGUACAUUAAAAUACCAUACAUCAAUCUCUUUUUUCUCUGGGUCUUGUUUUGAACUUUACAUAUGCAGGUGGGCUCUUGUAAUGAGCUGUUCAGCAGUAACAUAUUCGUCCUGUACAUUGAAUAUCUAGACACUGUCUUUUGACAGCCCUUUUUUGUUAACUUUAUUGCUGCUAAAAUGCUAGGUUUACCUGUGUUCGCCUUUAAAAGUCUCAUGAUAGUUGAAGGUGUCCAGGAUUGAUCUUGUUUUCACUGUAGUCAAGAGCUUCACUUCAAUCAUGAGCACAAAACUGCUAUUUAUUACUCUUGCUUGAAUCUUUGUUAAUAAAGAUGUGUCUUAUAAUUACAUGGU